AGUUCCGGACUGCAGGUCACAGAGGAACCACAACCAGAAUGCAGCUCUGUCGGAGACCGGUGCUGCUCGCUGUGCUGCUGGCGGGAGUGGCAAUCGCCGCCCCAAAUCAGCACUCCGACAAUACUCUGGAUGCCAAACAAAGUUCCGGAACUGUCGCAACCAACGGGUCAACCAACGGGUCAAACAGCGGGUCAACCAGUGGGUCAACGGAGGACGUCGCCGAUGACGCCUCAGCAGGGAGGAGCAGAACGAGCCGCGUCUUCAAGCUGUUCGGUGGGGUUUCCGGACAACCGUCUGGCUGGUCGACCAACUCUUUCCGCAAGGUUGACACAAAAACCACCAAACCUGUUAGCAAACUUGGCAAGAAGACCACCAAACCGGUCAACAAGUCUGACAAAAAAGUCGUCGAGGUCGCCCGCUCGUCUGCCACAAAGAUCACAGCCCAAUCACAGGAGUCGAGCGAUACCCGGAGGAAGCCCGCUGCUGUCACCCUGCAGUCGCGCGCUGGCUCUGCUAUCGGCGGAGGCCAGCUCUCCGACCUGGCUCACCUGUCUCUGCCCAACAAUCACCAGGUGCUGCCGGUACCCAUGUCGGUGCCAGUGCCAGUGGUGACGACGCACCACCAUCGGCCGGCACCAGUGGGACCCCUGUACCAACAGCCGGCACCAGUGACUCCGCUGUACCAAAAGCCGGCACCAGUGGCUCCGCCGCAUCAUCACUCGGUACCAGAACUGCUGCCACACCACCGGGAGGCACCACCACUGCUGUCGCACCACCUCCCAGCACCAGCUGUGCACCAGCACCACCGAUCCAGCAGCCUUCUGCACGAUUGCGCCACAGGCAGGGACGUGCAGGUGGGCACGGCUAACGUGCUGUCAGCCGUGAGUAUAGAGCUGGCCCAGCAGCGCAGUCAGCUUCAGAAGGACGUCAUCAGUCGCUGCGGAGGCGGCAAAGCCGACGUCUGUGACCUGCAUCCGCUGCUAGAGGCACAGGGCGACGCCGCCAAGAGCAUCGAGUGGCUCAAGACCGACCAGGAGAACGUCAAAGCGGCACUGUCGGAGGUCAGGUCCGUGGUGCUCAGCGGUCAGGCUUCCAUCGCCCAGGGCGUUACCGGCCUCCAGUCCAGUCAAGAGGAACUCAAAGACGCUGUGGCUGACGCCAAGACGAUGCUAACGAGCGGCCAGGGGACCAUCAGCAACGACCUAACCGGGCUAGCUGCAGAACUGGGAAGAGUCGAGAAGGCUAUUAUUCGUGGCCAGAAUGACAUUACAAAGGGCGUCAACUGGCUGGAAACGGGUGUCGAAGAGAUCAAAACCGCCAUUGGAGGUGAAGCCAACGGACUUCAGAGCGGUCUCAACACAAUCGUCUCGAACAUAAGAGAACUCUCAACCGACCUGGCCGAAACCGAGAGUGCCAUCGUUGAGCGCCAGUCUACCAUCACAAAUGACUUGGAUGAUAUUCAGACUAGACAGAACAGCAUCCUGGCAGCAGUGGACAACACUAAAGACAUGGUUGUCGAACGCCAGAUUGGGAUAGCAAAAAGCCUGGAGAAUCUAGAGGAUGGCCAGCAUGAAAUUUUGCACGCCAUCAAGGACACUAAGAAUAUGAUAACGGGCACCCAGGGCACCAUCGUAGGCAGUCUUCAGAGCAUCAUGAGUCGUCAGCCUGAAAUUAUCGGUACCGUAACAGCGGGAAGGAAUGCUCUCGAAACCAAGAUUGAUGCUGUUGAAGGAGACAUCAACAACUUAGAAUCAGGACAGUCAGAGUUGUUGAAUGCGGUGCAAGACACAAAGAAUAUGAUUGUCAGCCGUCAAGGAAGCAUUAUCAGUGACCUGAAACACCUGAAGGAAGGACAGAGUCAGCUGGAACAUGCAAUCCACCACGCAAAAGAAACCAUCCUGGCUGCUCGUGAUCACAAAGAUCAUGGUCACGGCUCCUCUUUUGACGUCGCGCAACUGGCUGCCAAGCAGCAUGAAAUACUGAAAGCUGUGGAAUCCACAAAAUUUGCCAUCGCAAGUAAGAAGGGAGCCAUAGAUUCGCUGCGGCAUGAUAUUGAGCACAAACAUGAUCGUGUCCCGGACGAGCUUGGUGACAUGAGGCGGGCCAUUUUGCGUGUGCUGCGACGGAUCGAAGAUCGUUUGGAGAACAUCGAGGAUGGGGAGGGAGAAGGCGACGACUAGUAGUGAUAUGUUGAGCGUGUAAAGUUGUUACGGUACGUAGUAUUUAUAAAUAAGUGCAUGCUUUAUUUACGCCAUUGUUGUCUAAGCCACAUGGACCAGUCCGGUGGUUGUCAAAUGUUAUUUGCUUGGAGGAAGCUGAACACCGUUCCGUGCUUUUAUCCUCAGGAUACUGAAGUCCUUCUCCUCCACGCCGCAACCCCCCUCCGGGCUGGACAGGCAACUUUAUCUCAUGCGGGCUGCCCCCUUGGAGCGGCACCGCUGCUCCCGAGGGAGCGCACCCCGUAGCCGGGUGCAGUGAGUGCCUUGGGGCUGGGUGGCCUGUCCUCUGGACGGGCUCAGCCCCGGCGACUCACUAGGGUGCCUGCCCAGACCAAUGUCACCCCCUAUUUCCUAUUAUCCUCCCGGCUCUGAAAUGGUCUCAAUGGACCGAAAGGGUCUAACCCAACAAAACAAACAAACAAAGGAAGCUGAACAUGAUAUUGGCAGUCAGCCGGUUAUGGGUUUCGUUUGCAAAGAUGUGCAUUUGAUAUCCCGUUUUCUGCGGUACUCUAUCAUUUGGGUAAGCAAAAACGUAUUUCAGCCAUGUCAAUGUUCGCCACUACUGUCAUCUACGCUGCUGUUUUUGUGCAAUACAUGUGCAUUUAUACAUUA